UUUUGAGGCCAUAAAAGGUAAUUGCAUGAUGGAAUUUUUUUGAGCACUUAAGACCUUUGAUCACUUUGAAGGAGAUACAGCAAAGCAUUUUCCUCAACCUUUGGACUCAUAAUGAGUCACCAAUGCAUCUCCCAGUGCCUCAAAUACUUAUUCUCAAAUGACAAACCCAGCCAGGCCCCUUGAUCCGUCGCUCACGUCAGAUUGUUGCACUUUGGUCCCGGUGACUUGAAGCAGGAAGUCGCGCAUUUUCUCUGUCGUCUUUAUGUGAGGAGCGGGCGCUUGUUGCCUCGUAGGAGAUCUAUUUGAAAGAAGGGAACAAUGACACCGGAGCGCAGCGUACACUGACGGGUUUUGGUGGCUUCUUGGGAUUCAUUGAAGUUUUGUUUUGCCGAAAAAGACCGAUAUUGGUUCAAAAUGUUUGGAAACGGCACACACUUCUCGUUUUCCCCGAGGGGUUUCUCACCGGAGGACCUCCCUCCGCAGAGGCGAGCUUUCCAACAAGAUGACCUCAAUGUUGCUCCUCUGCAGAGAAACAAUAUGUCUAGACCCAGUGGGAAAUCUAUAUACAUGCAAAGAAAGGAGUAUUCAGAGGUGCUGGACAGACAUCCUGACAACUUUCAUGUCCGAGUGGAGCACCUGAUCACCUGCAAGCUGGACGGGCAGGAGGUGAAAACAGUGGACGACUGUUUGGCCAAACUCAAGAGGCUGGAUGCCAAAGGUCGACUGUGGCCUCAGGAGAUGGGGAUGGAGAUUCAGGGCGGAUAUCUACUGCUCAGUGACAUUGAAACCAAGUCGGAGCUGGAGUCGCUGCCUUUGCGCAGCAUCUUGGAAACCAAAGCUGUGCUGGAUAGCUGCGCCUACAACUCCCUGCUGAUCCUAACUGUGCAGGAGCGCGGCAGACGGGUCCCCCAGGUCUUCAUGUUCCAGUGUGAGGAGACCGGGGCGGACCUGAUCAAGAAGGAUUUGGGCGAGGUAAUCCGAAAAGGAGGUGAUGAUGAUGGACCGCGCAGAGCCCAGCCGGACAUCAGGGCCGAUCUGGAGAACAUCAUCGGGCAACAGGUUUCAGGGAGUUUUCGGCAAGCCGGGCCUCGUCCUGUCCAGCGAGAGAGGAGCCCGCCCCCACUGGACCAGCCGGCCGCUGGGUGGAGGAGCAGAGAACCAGAAAACGUGCCUCCUCCACCUUAUGUUGGCUCACAAGAAGCAGAGAUGUACCGACCUGGUCUUCGUGGGUCAUAUAUUGACCCAGAGGCCGCUGAGCAGAUGGAGAUAGAGAGGAACACGGACAUUUUAAACCACAUCCUAAAUGAUGUGGAGUUCUUCAUGGAUAAAGUGUCUGCAGCAAAUGAAACUUCUUUACCGGAAGUCAAGAAGAAGAAAAAGAAAAAAUCAAAGAAAAAUGAAGCACCUGCUAUCAUUCUGCCUCCCUGGGAGGAAUAUGUUUCCUUUCUUCAGAGAGUCAAGUAUGGAUUCAAUCUCCUGGCCCAGCUGGACGGGUGUCUAUCCGGCCCUACUGCUCCUGACUACGUCCACAUCUUCUUCGAUAGUUUAGGCGCGAUACUGCCCCGGUACCCCGCGGAUCUUCCCCCCACUGUUCUCUCUCCGCUGCUGACGGAGGCAGCGUUGCAGCUGAUGUGUGAGGUCGUCAGCCCAGAGGAGGACCUUCUGUGGAGGUCUCUGGGAGACAGCUGGAAUAUCCCCGGUUCUAGAUGGCCGGACGACGACGUCCCGCCUUACAUCCCAGAGUUCUAUAAUGGCUGGCAGCCGCCCCCCCCCUCGAGCAUGCCCUCCCCUCUCCCUUAUCAGAGCGGUCCAUCGAGCACGAGCAGCAGCCAGCACUUCCCAUCGAGCCCACGGGAGCCCCCCCUGUACAUGCAGGUCAUUUACGACUUUGUGGCCAAGAACAGCCAAGAGCUGAGCGUCAUGAAGGGGGAUGUUGUUCAGGUGGUUCAGAAGUCCAAGCAAUGGUGGCUUGUCCGUAACGGCGGCGGCGAGGAAGGCCACAUUCCCCAGAAUGUUCUGGAGCCGAUGCAGAGCAGGGGGCCCAUGGAGGACCUACCGCGGGACAGUCGCCGUCCUGUGACUCUGGACAUGAACUCCUCGUCCACAGAGGUCAAAGCCUGGCUGGAGCACAAAGGUUUCUCCAGAAUCACUGUGUCCAGCCUCGGGGUGCUGACCGGUAAUCUGCUCCUGGGGAUGACCAAGGAUGAGAUCAGGACGGUGUGUCCCGAGGAAGGAGGCAAGGUCUUCUUCCAGCUGCAGGGCAUCAAGUCAGCCAUCGCGCUCGCCAGUGAACCAUCCGGCCUGUACGGCCGCUACUGACCAGCCGCUUCUCUUCAGUUUGUCUUCACCACAUAUGAACAACUGUAAUUAUUGUGUCUGAUUUGUCUUUGUCAUAAUUUAUUUGCUUUUACUGAAUGAAACUUGUAUUUCUUAAUUAUCAUCAGCAGCAGAGAUAAUUGUGAGUUAAUGUAAUUCAUUUGUAAUGCAAUUUACUUCCAAUGUUCUUUGGUAUUUCAAGUUAAUUUAGCAGUUCCACGACCGAGUGAACCAAAUGUGCAUGUAACAUUUGCUGCAAUUAAAAGUGACUUAAGUGAUGGCAACUC